CCCCACCGGACGGCCAUAAGUAGGGCCCCGCCGGGACCGCCUCCGGGGGGCUCGUGCUGAGAGAGACAGACAGACAGACAGACAGACAGAGAGAUUGGGAGAACCGACCGACCGACCGACCGACCGACCGGCCGGCAGACGGGAGAGGGAGGACGAGAAGGAGAGGACGGUGCUGCUGGUGGUGGUGGUGGUAGGGAAGCAGUUGCUGGAGGAGGCUUCGGCGGCGGAAGCGAUGAAAGAAAUGUCAACAAGUGCUGUGCUGGAGCCUCAGCGUCCAAAGCACUAUGGAAUCACAUCUCCAAUUAGUUUGGCUGCUCCUAAAGAAAUAGAUCAUAUUUACACACAGAAGUUAAUUGAGGCCAUGAAACCAUUUGGGGUAUUUGAAGAUGAAGAGGAAUUGAAUCAUAGACUUGUUGUUCUUGGAAAAUUGAAUAACUUAGUAAAAGAAUGGAUUUCAGAACUCAGUGAAAGUAAGAAUCUCCCACCUUCAGUUGUGGUGAAUGUUGGUGGUAAGAUAUUCACAUUUGGUUCUUAUAGACUCGGAGUACACACUAAAGGUGCUGAUAUAGAUGCCCUUUGUGUUGCACCCAGACAUGUGGAAAGAUCUGAUUUCUUUCAGUCCUUUUUUGAAAAGCUCAAACAUCAGGAUGGAAUUAGGAAUUUGAGAGCAGUAGAAGAUGCAUAUGUUCCAGUUGUUAAAUUUGAAUUUGAUGGUAUUGAGAUUGACCUUGUGUUUGCUAGAUUGGCAAUACAGACUGUUUCAGAUAACUUGGACCUUCGAGACGAUUCACGCCUGAGAAGCCUUGAUAUAAGAUGUAUUCGAAGUUUAAAUGGUUGCAGAGUCACUGAUGAGAUUUUGCAUUUAGUGCCAAAUAAAGAAACUUUUAGGCUCACCCUCAGAGCAGUUAAACUGUGGGCAAAAAGACGUGGCAUUUAUUCCAACAUGUUGGGAUUUCUUGGUGGUGUCUCUUGGGCGAUGUUGGUUGCAAGAACUUGUCAGUUGUAUCCAAAUGCAGCAGCAUCCACCCUGGUACAUAAAUUCUUCUUAGUAUUUUCUAAGUGGGAAUGGCCAAAUCCAGUGUUACUGAAGCAACCUGAAGAUAGCAAUUUGAAUUUACCUGUCUGGGAUCCCAGGGUAAAUCCAUCUGAUAGAUAUCAUCUCAUGCCCAUAAUCACUCCUGCCUAUCCACAGCAGAAUUCUACAUACAAUGUCUCAACUUCAACUCGCACAGUAAUGGUAGAAGAAUUCAAACAAGGUCUUGCAGUCACAGAUGAAAUUCUUCAAGGAAAAUCAGACUGGUCCAAACUCCUGGAGCCACCAAACUUUUUCCAAAAGUAUAGGCAUUACAUAGUGUUAACUGCUAGUGCAUCUACAGAAGAAAAUCAUUUAGAAUGGGUUGGCCUUGUAGAAUCUAAAAUACGGGUACUUGUUGGAAACUUGGAGCGAAAUGAAUUUAUUACUCUUGCCCACGUGAAUCCCCAGUCAUUCCCUGGGAACACAGAACAAUACAAGGAGAGUGACUACGUGUCUAUGUGGUUCCUUGGAAUCAUUUUUAGAAGAGUAGAAAAUGCAGAAAGUGUUAACAUAGACUUAACAUAUGACAUACAGUCAUUUACUGAUACAGUAUACAGGCAAGCAAACAAUAUAAACAUGCUUAAGGAAGGAAUGAAGAUUGAAGCCACUCAUGUAAAGAAAAAGCAAUUGCAUCAUUAUCUACCAGCAGAACUCCUGCAGAAAAAAAAAAAGCAAAGCCUGCCAGACAUUAAUCGAAGUGCCAGCGGUCUUCAGUCGAAAAGAUCAUCUCUGGAGGGCAAUUGCUUGGACAGUUCCAGGGACACUGAUAAUGGAACCCCUUUUAACUCCCCUGUUUCAUUAAAUAAACUCCCUAAACCUGAGAGUCCUCCUCCUACGGCCGAAAUGGAAAGAGACGAUGUAGAACCAGAUAGAACAUCCCAACCCACCACUCCAGAGAAGCCAUUGGACGUUCUGCCUUCAUCUCCAGUUCAAGGACUGUCCAUUCCAGUUAUUGGUUCAAAUACUGAUUCGACAGUACAAGCCAUGCCUCUCCCAUCUGGCUGCACCAUUCCUACAGUAGUAGGGCGAAAUGUGGUUCCUCGGAUCAUAGCACCUCAUAACCCUGCCCAGGGACAACAGCACCUAAAUGGAGCAGCCAAUCUGAUGUCUAAGAAUCCCAUCCCAAAGAGACCCCAUUCACCAUCCUUGGAUGAGUCUCCCAAGAGACUAAAAGAUAAAGAAGCGAUCAUUGGUCUUGAUUCAGUAUUCAAAGAAUCUUGUGCCCCAGAAGAUGGGAAGAGAAAAUCCAUGGACGAUGGCCUGGUAGGAGGUGAGCCAAUGCCUAUUCCAACGAUUGACACAUCAAGAUUACAGAGACUACCCAGUAAAGAACUACCAGAUUCUUCAUCUCCUGUACCAGCGAAUAACAUCCGUGUCAUUAAAAAUUCCAUCAGACUGACCCUUAACCGGUAAAGGUGCUGCAGGAUACUCCCCUGACUGUGAGUAACUUUACCAUGAUCGCCCGCUGUCAGAUCAUCAUCUACAAUAAUCUGGCUUUAGAGUCUUUUGAAUUUUUAUGCCUUAACUUUCAGUGCUUGCUUCCUCUGUGGAAGCAUUUUUGAACUCAUGAAACAGCAGUUUUCCCCCUAAGUUCUGUGUUGUAAUCAUUGGUCAAAGCUGAAAUUUGAAAUCAAAAAAAAAUUUCUUGUGUAAGUAACUUUCUACAUCUCAGUACAUUUUCUUUAGUCAUUGAAGCCACAUUGUGAACUUAAGAUCUAUGAUGUGAGGUUUAGUUUCUGCUUUCCCAGUUUGUGUAUAUAUUUAUAACUGCCUGUUCUAUUCACUGUUGAUUUAAAUUAUAUAUAUUCUAUUUUUGUUUUUCAGUUUAGUACAUAGAAUAUUUAAGACUUUUUGUGUGCAUUUCUUGCAUAAUGGUGCUCAAUUUAGACAGUAUCAUAUCAGUACAGGGAUAAGUGCAAAAACGGAGCACCAUACCACCUUCAUAACUUGCCUCCUAUGGAGGCCUUGAAAUGCGACUUUUAUUAGAGAUCAAAUUAGAACCAGGAUACUGAAUGCCAGUAUGUGAAUGGCAGAAAUACCGUGUCUCUUCUCUCUCUCUUGCCGUCCUUUAACUGACUUUGCUUUUGCAGCUUUUCAGAGCGGCAAAACUUAACAUCCCAGCAUCAAUAAACAUUGACACCCUAAAAAACUGGAAAUCUGCUUUUUUGAACUAUACUAUUACCUGGCAUGAUAGUUCCUGUCCAUCACUUAUUUUACAUCUUAAACAGUUCUUCAUUGGGUAGGCAUGCAGAAACAAGCAGUACAUUAUAGUAAACCUAAGGGUAUUUUUGAAUGACCAUUAAGUGGCUCAGGGCCUUUGUAAUCUUCAUUUGACAGCCAAACUUAGUUUCAUGGGCUGCUUUUUUUUUUUCAGCAAACCUCUUAGUGUUUCAGUGGGAGGUUUUGUUUCAUGAAAGCAUGCACAAAAGUUUAUAAAACAAUCCAUAACCUUGUAAUUCCUCUUGUAAUCAAUUCAAUGUUUUGUAAAUUAAGUCAUAUGUAUUUUCAGAGUAUUUUUGUAUGUACUGUAAAU